AUUGGCAUGGACGCAGGAGACAAGUAAAGAUGAAUAUUUGGACAGUGCUCCAUGUUCUUUUUGUGAUUGCAUGCAUAGAUCUCAGAUUUACUGAAUGCAAAACGAAGCAAGAUUCGGCGUUUGAUGUCGGUGUUAACGAUGCACCAGAAUUUAAGGAAUCAAAACCUGUCAGAUACCUGUUAUACAAUGUGAACCCCGGUGAAGGCUUUAACUUGAGAAGGGAUGUCUAUAUACGUGUUGCAAACCUUGUCAAGCUUUUAAACGAUGACGAACCAUGGGCAUUGGUCCUACCACCAUGGGGGAGGAUCUACCACUGGCAAACAAGGGAGAUAAGUCAGAUAAAGCUUCCUUGGUCUCUCUUCUUUGAUCUUGAAAGUCUGAGGAGACACAUUCCUGUACUUGAGUUUGAGGAGUUUCUUGCAGUGAGUGAGAAGCCAGUGAUUGAUGAGAUUUACUACCUACAACGAUACAAGGAGGGUUGGACCAAAUGGGAGGAGAAAAUGGACAUUCUAGAGUGUCUGGAGAAACAUGGUUAUUCCAAGGGUAAAGAUGGUCGUUGGCAUCACUGGUUCUUUGGUUAUGGAGAUGACGUUUAUGCAAACAAGUUUGAAUGCAUGUCAUACAUGGGACAUGCAGGCUUUAUCAAACCCUUUCUAAUGCACAACAUAUCAGGCAGCAGAUCUGUAUUCCUGGACAGGGCAGAGUCACUUAUCCAUGGACAGUACAGUGAGUGGUCUCCCCUCUACUGGAGUGGCAGAAGAAGUAUGGUAUAUGCCAAACAUCUGAGAGACAUCGGGGACAAUUUCAGGGAGAAAUAUCUCGGCUCCACAGACAAAAAAGAUAAAACUGUACUUGAUGAUUGGACAAAAAUGAAAAAAAAACAUGGUGACGCAAAAGGAGGCCCAUACUUGGCUAUACAUCUAAGAAGAAAAGACUACCUGUACGCCCAUGGAGGGGAGAUCCCAAGUAUCCAACUUGUGCCUAAGAAAGUCAAGUCCAUCCUUAAAAAACAUAAACUCAAAAAAGUUUUUAUCGCUACAGAUGCUCCAAAUGAAGAGUACGAGUAUCUAAAACAGGAGUUUGGUGAAAAGGUUGAAGUUUACCGUUUUAAACCCACCCCAGAGGAACAUGAGAAGUAUAAAGAUGGCGGAGUGGCCAUUAUAGACCAGUGGAUAUGUGCUCAUGCUAGGUAUUUCAUUGGAAGUUAUGUGUCAACAUUUUCAUUCCGAAUUCAAGAAGAGAGAGAGAUUUUAGGAUUUGAGCCAGAAAUGACUUUCAACAGACUCUGUAAUGAUGAUAGUGAUACUUGUGAACAGCCUUCAAAGUGGACCAUCAAAUACUGAGUCUGACGUGUUCUAGGAAACCUAAAUUUGUUAUCAAAGUUAUUAUCUCAUAUAACUAGAAUGAGGAGAUGAAACAAUUUUGAUGAAAGUUCUUUAAUAGAUUUGUAAAAUGGACGUUUCUUUUUACAAGAUUCAUCUAUAUCAUGAAUUAAGUGUUAAAGGAUACUAAGUUGGUGUUCAGUAUUUUUUUUUAACCAAACACCAUAAAUUCAUUUGAUAAAUGCUUUAACAACUGAAUAUCACUAUCAGAGUUUUCCUGAGCACUUUAAAUAAUUGAAAUAAUGUUCAGGAAGAAAACUUACAAAUAUUUUCACAGAAUAUUAUUUUCAGAACAUGAAUAUUGACAUUGAAAACUUACUCUAUCUGAUGUAAUGUCAUUAAAGAGGAGUGAAAAAUCAAAAACAUAUUUGAAUGCAAUAAUUUGAUUGCCUACAGGUUCAAUGCUUGAAUGUGUUGGUUGUUGCAGAAAUUAAAUCUGCUCUCUUACCCUAUAAAAUAUACUAAAUUAUGGUUGUAGUGUAGAUGUGUUGGUGUGGCAGUGUUGAUAAAGAUUAUGAAUUAUAGUAAAUUAUGACCAUGCCUUAAUAAUUAUAAUGUGAAACAAAUGAAAUGUUCUUGUGCAUCCUGUUACCGACACAUUGUCAGAACCAUAUUACUUCUGAUAACGUCUGGUUGAAUCUAUUCCAUAGACAAAAAUGGUAUGUUUUCUCAACAGUGUUGUGUUCAGAUCUCAGUUUUAACACUAAAGGUGACCAAAGGUAUUUUUUUACAUACAGCCACUCUGACUCAAAUUUAUUUUCAAAUUGCCAACAAUUAAAGUUAAAGUCAAGGUCAAAGAUCAUUUUUUUCCCAGAGUUAUUUUGUCACAAUUUCGUAUUCAAAUUUCCUACUGGGAGAUUUUAACCGUGCCAUGACCUGACAGCAUAAGAUGUAUGUAAUGUAACUCUCUAAUGUUUCAACUCAAGAGUUUGUGGUAGUGGCAAGUUGUUGAAGGUCAUCGAUGGCUGUCAGGACUUCAGAUCAGCACAAUGUGUAUUUAUGAACACUGUAUGUGGAUGAUAUACUGUACAUGUACGACCUUUGUAUGAUUGCUGUGUAGUUGGGGUAUAUGUGUGUAAUAUUAUAGUAAAUUUGUAUACAUGUGUAGCCAUAUGCAUAUGAGGUCAAUAUUUGCACUCAUUUCAUUUAAACCAAAGAGUUUAUAUUUUUUAUUUAUUUAUUUUAAUGAGAUCUGUCAUAAUUGUUAUAGAUUUUAUCAUGUAUAAAGUGAAUAAACUUCACUCUUUGCAAGGAGUUUGCAAAAUAUCCAGAUAUCUUUUUCUCUUUUGAUAAAAAACAAAGUCGUUAACUUGCCCCUGUGUCAGAGUCCUGUUCAAAGUCAAAACUAAAUCAAAAUAUUUAAUCUAUUGUGUGCAACUUUUUCACAAUGACAUGAGACUACAUGAACCAAUAUAGAUUUUUUUCCCCCAUAUCUACAAAUGCUUUAAUUUCACUGAUUUACAAAUUCGUGUUACACAAUGUGUGAAAAGGUCAGUUUGAAUUUUCCUAUAUUGUACUUUUUUUCUUUUGAACUAAUUUAUCAUUUCUGACAAUUUUCAUUAAUGAAAGACAUUUAUUAAUUCAUUUAAAGUUUAAAGUGCUUACAUUUUAUAUUUUCAUCAGUUCUAUUUUUAAAUAUUUAUUUUUCUCUCAUUCAUGUUACAUAGGAAUCAAUUAAGUGUUUGUACAUAAAGACUGUGCAUAUGUUCAUUUAUUCUUGUGUAUAUAGUAUUGAGAAAUAUUUUCAUGCUGUUACACAUUUGUAAAUACGUUUUUAGCUCACCCAUUACGAGUAACCGAGAGGUAAUGCUGUCACCCCGACGUCUGCGUUGGCGUGGGCGUUGGCAUGGGCGUGGGCGUCCCACCCCAAAACUUUUAAAGUUUUUGGGGUAAGUUUUUGGAAAGCUUGUAAGUCCAAAAGUAUACACCUCAUGCCCUUCUAAUUUGGUUUUUACAUUCAGUAGAGGUCUAGGAGUGAUGUUAUGGCAAAAUGAU